AUGGAUACUAGUAUAUUCAAAUCUGGUUAUUGGAAAAGUCAAUAUUAUCAAUAUGGAAAAUGGCAUGGACCUUAUCAAUUUUCACUCUCGUUUGAUCCUCAAUCGAUGAUAAUAACAGGUUCAGGAUCAGAUGAUAUCGGUACAUUUACUAUUGAUGGUAUUUAUUCAGUUGAAACACGUCGAAUUGGUCUUACAAAAACAUAUACAAGAGGUACUGGUAAUCAAUUAGAAAAUUUAGGUCAUCAAGUCAUUAUUCAACUGACGUGGAAUGCACAAAAUAAUCAAUUUGAAGGUAAAUGGUAUGUUCGAACCAGUAAAUAUCAUGGUGAAGAUAAAUUCGAACUUAAACUCAAUAGAUAA